AUGGUUCUCCUCAAGAGCUUCGUGCUCGGUGCCCUUGCUGCCACCGUCGCAGCUAAAUCUGCCGUCAUCGAACUCCUCCCCUCCAACUUUGACGACAUCGUCCUCAAGUCCGGCAAGCCCACUCUCGUCGAGUUCUUCGCCCCCUGGUGCGGUCAUUGCAAGACCCUCGCUCCCAUCUGGGAGGACCUCGCAAACACUUACGAGCACGCCAAGGACAAGGUCCAGAUCGCAAAGGUCGACGCCGACGCCCAGCGUGACCUCGGAAAGCGAUUCGGUAUCCAGGGUUUCCCUACCCUCAAGUACUUCGAUGGAAAGAGCAACAAGCCCCAAGACUAUAAGUCUGGCCGUGAUCUUGAGAGUCUGACCAAGUUUCUCGUUGAGAAGACUGGUGUCAAGCCCAAGAAGAAGCUCGAGCUCCCCAGCGAGGUUACCUACCUCAACGAUGCUACCUUCCCUAAGGCCAUUGGUGGCGACAAGCACGUUUUGGUUGCCUUCACUGCUCCCUGGUGUGGACACUGCAAGACCCUCGCUCCUACCUGGGAGGACCUCGCCAACACUUUCGUCAAUGACAAGAACGUCCUGAUCGCCAAGGUCGACGCCGAGGCACCCAACAGUAAGGCUAUUGCUGAGGAGCAGGGUGUCAAGUCCUACCCUACCCUCAAGUGGUUCCCCGCCGGUAGCAAGGAGGCUGUCGCCUACGAGGGUGGUCGCAGCGAGCAGGCUCUUGUUGACUGGAUCAACGAGAAGGCCGGCACCCACCGUGUCGUCGGUGGUGGUCUCAACGCCAUUGCUGGCACUGUCGAGUCUCUGGACACCCUCGUGGCCAAGAUCACCGGUGGUGCUGUCAUCGCCGACGUUGCCGCGGAGAUCAAGAAGGAGGCGGAGGGCCUUACCGACGCUGCUCAGAAGACCUAUGCUGAGUACUAUGUCCGUGUCUUCGACAAGCUGAGCUCGAACGACGACUGGGUCUCUAAGGAGCUUGUUCGCCUGGACGGUAUCCUUGCCAAGGGUGGACUGGCCCCUUCCAAGCGUGACCAGAUCCAGCAGAAGACCAACGUCCUUCGCAAGUUUGUGCAGAAGAAGGCCGGGGAGAAGGUCGAGGAGAUUAAGGAGAAGGUUGAGGAGGUCAAGGAUGAGCUGUAA